GUUUUGCUAACUGUAGUAGUGGAUGUAGCCCAGCAACCUGUUGCCUAGCAACAAGAACAGAACUCUUCUCCGCAGGGUAAGAACAAACUAGUUAACUUUUAGCUACUAAUUUUGAAUGGGCACUUCCAGCAACGGGACUACAUGAGUAAAUGUCCUGUAGCUGCCAGCAAAAGGAGAAGGUUUAUAUAAAGUGUUCAAAGCUUUAGUGGAUGCAGCGGUCCUGGAUAGAAAGUGUAGAAGAUGGAGGCCUCAGGAGAGGGGAGCAGAACAUCCACCCUCCCUCGCUGUCCCACCCUGAGGCUGCGCUCUCGAGGGACUGACGCAUCAAAUGAGAACAUGCUCCAAGGGCAGAAUUUAUUCAAACAAGAUGUGGUGCAGGCUACAGGCGAGGUGCUGCGCUGUCGGAGCCAGCAGCAGGUGCUCACUCACAGCCUCCAUCACAUACAGCAUGUCCCUUCUGACAGCCCUGUGCGUUUCAUGGUGCACUGCGAGGCUGCUGCAGCAUUCGUUAGUCUGCACACAGACAACACAGUGUGCCUCUACAAAGCUGACGGCUCCAAGCAGACUCCUUCAGUGCGCCUGCCUUUCAUGGGCCUGACUCCUACUAAGAUAACGAGCCGCUUUGUGGGUUGGGGUCCCGGUGCCGUCCUCACCCUUCUGGACAAGGAGUUCAACCCAGUGGACACAGCUCACGAUGCCCUGGACAUAUGUGUGUGUCAGCCUGCAGAGCACUCCGCCGAGCUGGUGACUGCAGGCGCGGGGAACGUGUGCGUGUGGUCGGUGAGGCUCGUGAGGUGUAAAGUGAAGAUACAGGAGGGGCUGGAGCGCCACGCGUUCACUCACAUGGUCCUGGCGCCUCCGCGGUCGGACCGGCCCCACACAGCCUUCGCUGCGUGCGGACGUGCGGUGGCAGUGGUCGACCUCGAUGAGGGGAAGCUUCUGGGCUGCAGGAAGGACCUUUGCUCAGGUGAUAUUAGUGCCAUGGUGUACUGCUCUCAACUGGACUGUUUGAUCACAGCGUCCAACGAGCUGUCCAUCAGAGUCUGGGGCCCAGACUGGGAGUUACGCAGGGCUUUUGUAGGACACACUGGUACAGUGACCUCGCUCUUCUACUGCGCUGAGCUAAACGUGCUGUUAUCAGCCUCCGUUGACUGCACCAUUCGUUGGUGGAACGUGGAGAAGGGCACUGUGGCAAGGUGUGUCAGCGCAGAGAGGCCCUCGCUGUGUGUGGGAGGCACACGGGAGGGCGACAUCUUCUUCUCCGUCUCUCAGCACGGCGUGGACUUCUGGAGCAUCAGGAACCCGUACAGCCUCCACUGCAGGCUGCAGCGGGAGGACGGAGCCCCAUUGAGGCAAAUCCUGGUGCCUCCCGUCCGUGCUCCGUACCCUGCGAGGGUGCUGUGCGUCAGUGGAGGCGGAGAUGUUGCCCUGGUGUCGGCGAAAACAGGAGCCGUGGUGACUUCGCUAAAAGCCCAGCAGAGGAUUCUGUGCGCUGACUACUGUCUGCACAGGGAGAUUCUCCUGCUUUUAACCGACGCUGGUGACGUGCUGCGAGGCAACGCGCUCACUAAUCCGGUGACUUUGAUGCAAGCGUGGAGGGGGAGAGGCCAGGGCCCCUGGCAGCAGGGGGAGUGCGUGACCAAAGACGGUGCCCAGCAUCUGCCAGCCCCCGGCCCGGCCUGCUGCCUGGUGCUGUACAGUUACGUGACCGAGCCUCAGGGAGCUUUAGAGGAGUGGAGGAGUCUGCAGGACAGAAGAGGGUGUAGUCACAGGGACAAGGCAGCUGAUGAUGCAAAGAACAGGUUUUUGAUCAUACUUGGCCAAAAUGGAGGCUGUGUGAGUGUUUUAAACCUGGGUGAUGGGAAAGUGUUGUGCAGGACCCCGGCGCACGGUGGCCAGAGGGUCACCUCGGUGCAGGUUUACCCUGAGGCUGGCUGCCUGCUGUCUACAGGUAAAGACAAGACCUUGGUCGUGUGGAGAGUGACGCCCUUUGUGCAGGAGUGUCUGAGCCAACAGCUGAGCCUGCAGUGCGGCCAGGCUCAGGUCUACGCAGCAGCACUGGGGCCUCAGCUGGCUCUGACCUUCCAGGAGCAAAACACUGGGAUUUACAGCCUUAUGCACUUUGACCUACUUAGUCAGAGCCAGGCUGACCAGUCACUCAGAGAAGGACAUCUGGACCACUGCACCGGUUUUCCUGCAGGACUGUGCGCGUGUCCCGAUCUGGAGGUGUUUGUAUCCAGCAGUUUAGAUGGGACAGUGUGCAUCUGGGACAAAGACAACCACCUCAUAAGGAUACUCCAGCUGGAUGCAACGCCGGAGCAUUUGGCUUAUGGAGGCUCUGGAGGAGAGCUGUUCCUGGGAAUAGCAGGGGACCUGUACAGGAUGAACUGCGCACAGUUCCUGCCACACAAAUACCAACAAAUGCUUCUUUAUACAUAUUAUGAAGAGCCUCUUCCUGACCUCCCUAUCAUUGAGAGUGAAGCACAAGGCAGCAAAAGAAAAACUUACCAGGCGACCGAGCGCAGGGAGGCGGAAUCGUCAGCCAUCACCAGGGAUCAGUCACUGACUGACGUGAGGAGGCAGCAGGAGCAUGAAAGCACAGCGAGCCUGAACUCAGACUUAUGUUCGCUUCUACGCGGGACAGUGAAGAGAAAAAAGGCAAAACCUCCCAGCACAAAGCAAACCAGGAAGGAGGCUUUCGAUGGCUACAUGAAAAUCUUGUAUGGAUGGUCCUAUGACGUCCAGAUUGACAUGGACUAUAAAUUGGACCCAGAAAUAUUGUCAUCAGACGUCACCAAGCCCUGUAACCUCCCUCCCCCCGAGGAGGACGCCUACCCUGAACCUGAAGUUAGCGAUCCUUUAAAUGCGGAGAAGGAGAAGAAUAAAAAGGCUCUUCAAGCAAGCUGGAGACCAAAGACACUGAUGGACGUCAAACCGUGGCCUGUGAGGACAACCGUACAGCAUGAACCCGCUGCGGUGGAAAAGGAAGACGAGCUGCCAGAGAUGGCUUCUCCAGAAAAACAACCCGAACCUCCUCAGACUCCUCGUGGUAUCGAGACCCUGACAGCUCCCCCGCCCCGGGAGCCGUCUCCUCAGGUCCCGGCGUUCCUCCAGCAGUUUGCAGAUGCAGCCUGGUUCAGAGACAUGUACCCUGACAAGAAGAGCAUCCCAAGCAUUCUGACACCAGACGAGUUCUCCCUGAAACUGCUGGCCUGUCUAAAGACCUGCGGCGCUGCCUCCAGAGUGAAGGUCCUCGCUGCACUGCAGGCCUUGCACAGCCAGGACCUCCUAAAGAAUACAGACAAGCUUUACCAGGGCCUUGUUGGUUUAGUGCCCAAAUGUGCUACAACACACAUGUCCCCACUGGAUCAGACCGUGAUCGUUGAAAUGCUGAACCUAUUGUUGGGGCUAAAAUCUGCCCAGUCUGACUUGGUGAAACUCCUUCUCACUCUACUGGCCUAUAAAGACUUGGGUCUCCAGGAAACACUGCUGCACAUGCUAGCAGCACUGGGAGUAGAUGAGGCUGAGCAGUGGCUGUGGCCAGAGCUGCAGGACUGGAGCUCAGAGCUGCAGCACCAGCCCGAGAUGUGGACGAGCCUCCGUGACCGUGCAGACAGUUGGCUGGAGCAAUGGAUCUCCACAUACAAAGAAUACAACAGACACAUGUACCUGACGAGCACUGCAAAGUGGAAGCCCUUGACCUUCAGCACGGUGGACGUGCUGAAUUAUUUCUGCUCUGUUCAGAGGGAGGAGUGCAGAAAGGCCCGAUAUGCUGGACCUGAUGGUCAGGACAAUACAGUCCUUCUCCCCCGAUACGACUGUAGUUCCCAACCAAUCCUUCGUCUAGGAGAGACUUACAGCAUGGCCAGAGUUCGCAGGCCGCCGGGAAUAAUUCUUCCUCCCCUGAGAAACCGUCCCGUCCUCAUGGACUUUCCAAAUUUCAUCUCCUUGCCAAUGACUCGAGUCACUCUGCGCCCGUUUCAUGUUUACUCAGACAAAGACUGGCUGAAGGAUUUACCACGACGCUACUUCGUUCCACAUCAGUCUUUCGUAGAGUACUACAGAUGAAUAAACACGCUGAGCAGAGCUCACAUUUUUUAUGUA